AUGUGGCACCUGCUGGCCCGCGCUAGCGGGCCUCUCCUGCGAGCGCCUUUAUCAGGUUCUUGGGCAGCCCCAGCCGCCAGUGCUGGCCUAAAGACGCUGCUCCCGGUGCCGACUUACGAGGGUGUUUCCAUUCCUGAAAGGCCCAAGCUUAAAUUUGUUGAAAGGAUGCCACUUGUGCCAAAAGUUCGAAGAGAACCUAAAAACUUGCGUGACAUACGAGGACCUUCAACUGAAGGUACUGAGUUCACAGACGGCAAUUUUGCAAUCUUGGCACUGGGUGGUGGUUACCUCCACUGGGGCCAUUUUGAAAUGAUGCGCCUGACAAUCAACCGCUCCAUGGACGCCAAGAACAUGUUUGCCUUAUGGCGAGUACCAGCACCUUUCAAGCCUGUCACCCGCAAGGGUAUGGGACAGCGAAUGGGGGGUGGCAAAGGCGCCAUUGAUCACUAUGUGACUCCUGUGAAGACUGGCCGCCUCAUAGUAGAGGUGGGCGGACGCUGUGAAUUCAAAGAGGUAGAAGGUUUCCUCAGCCAGGUAGCCCACAAGUUGCCCUUCCCAGCAAAGGCUGUGAGCCGUGAAACCCUAGAAAAGAUGCGGAAAGAUCAAGAGGAACGAGAGCGUAACAACCAAAACCCCUGGACCUUUGAGCGCAUAGCCACUGCCAACAUGCUAGGGAUACGGAAAUAUCUGAGCCCAUAUGACCUGACCCAGAAGGGGAGAUACUGGGGCAAAUUCUACCUGCCUGAACGUGUGUAA